GUUCGACCAGUGGUAGUGGGGGAAAACUCAUCGUUUGUGUAGGCAUUUAAACAUAUGGGUUGGAGGGUUGAACGUUGUAGAUAUUAAUUUCUAUUUAGAAAAUUAAUGUGCAAGUGAAUACUUAAUUCAAAAACGUUAAUAAGUUCUAUAUAGUUUGGAGUUGUAGAUUAGACAUGUCCAUUCUAAUCGAUUAUAAAAUAUUAAGAAAUUACUGUUAUUGACAUAAAGUCUCAGGCCAAUAUGAUGGAUGGACCAGUUGGCUGAUUGAAAAAUAAAUCAUUUCCCAAAAUAAUCUUUUGUGUUUACAUCGUCUUCAUCAAGAAAACUGCAAAAUUGUUUGCUCAACAAGAUGAAAUAUUUUAGAACGAAAAAGAAACGGAAAAAAUGAUGCGAUGGUGGAACAAUGAGGCCUAUAUGAAAAAAAAAGCUGAAGCGGAGCCUCAAGAAGAAAUUGGUGGUGAUGAUGAUCAGCAAUCAGAAAAAGUAACCUAUUUUGAUGAGGGAAUAUAUGACAAGGUAGUAAGGACAUGGGUAUUCAGAGUAAGGGCGGAAGUGGCCCGUGGAGAAGUAGUAUGUGUAACAGGAAAUUGUGAUAUCCUUGGGAAUUGGAAGCACAACAAAGUUCUCGUCUUAACUCAGGAGAAGGAUGAUGAAAGUGAUGAAGAAGGGAAUGAAUCUGUUUGGUAUGCUAAAGUUGAUAUACCUCUCAAAAGAGACAUAAAUUACCGUUAUGUCAUAUGUUUGAUUGUGGAACCAGAUGGAAGUAAAAUAACCGACAGGCACUUCAUUGUUCGAAGAUGGGAGACCAAUCGUGAACCUCGAGCUUUAUUAAAAAAAGUUCACCAGCCGGCUGACGAAGAAAUAGAAACAAUGGGUUUUUAUGAUAACAAAGAGAGAAUUGAUCGUGGUUGGUUGACAACUGAAACUGCUGUCCAGUUGAAGUUAUUUAAUAGCAAUCUCAAUAUCUGGAAAUCAAAAUUAAAAGGAAAACCGAUGAAUAUCAAGAUAACCUUAAUAAAUUUAUCAAGAGCUAAUAGCAUAUCGCAAGAAGUAAACCAAGCUGAUGAAUGUCUUAGUCUGGAGACCAUGGAUCUUUCUGAUAAAAUAGAUAAUUGGCCUGUAAUUGAAAUCGCUGUUCUAAAUCAAAGGGAAAGACAGUUUAAAUUACAAGAGCAAUUUGGACGACCUUUUAAAGAUGAUGAAUUUAUGGUCUUUCAAAUACUAGUCCUUCAUUUAGAAACAAAUGGUAUUUUGUUAGAUUUUUAUAUUCCUACUGAAAAUAGACGAGAGGAUGAACCUCCUUAUCAUGCAGGAUUUUCAUAUAUUCUUCCUAGUGCAAUGAAGUACAGCGAAGGGCAGAUUGUUGUACCGAUAACUAGUGUAAGGCACCGUCCAAUUGGAGAAAUAACUUUGGAAUAUUUAGUUGUUAAACCAACUGUACAUUACACUUGUGACCUGAGCUAUUCUCUUCAUAAACAAUGGAAAGAAACGUGGCAUGGUUUAGAUGUUGGUCACCGUGGAGCUGGUGGAUCUUUCAGAGGUGACAUCAAGCAAUGUGCCGAAGUAAGAGAAAACACGAUUGCUUCAUUAAAGAGUGCUGCCUCUCAUGGAGCUGACUUUGUUGAAUUUGACGUUCAACUUUCUAGAGAUCUUGUUCCCGUUUUAUAUCAUGAUUUCUAUGUAGCCAUUGCCUUAAGAAGAAAGACUCAGAUUACAGCAGAGGAAAUGAUACAGCUCCCUGUCAAAGACCUCUCCUUGGAACAGCUCCAAAGGCUUAAGGACUUGAGUGAACCGCCUACUGCGAGCAAAGUCCUGCACUUUCGUGGUAAUGAUGAGCCUCCCGAUGAUACGCUCUACCAUGUUGGUGAGUUCAAUAACCAAUCAAAAUACUCAGAUGAACAUCUUGAAGAACAUCAGCCUUUUCCAACUCUUCAGCAGGCAUUAGAAAUUUUGGAUCCUAGUGUGGGAUUUAAUGUCGAAAUUAAAUGGACAAUGCAGCUUAAGGAUGGCACUUAUGAACUUUAUCAUCCUUUUGAUUUAAACCUAUACUUGGACACAGUAUUAGAGGUAGUUUUAAAACAUGCCCGAACAAGAAAUAUUAUAUUUUCGUGUUUUCAUCCGGAUAUCUGUUCAAUGAUCCGUUUAAAACAGAAUAGAUACCCAGUUAUGUUUUUGACUCAAGGUAUCACUGAUAAAUAUCCAGCUUACCAUGAUCCCAGGUGUCAAAACGUCCCUAUGGCUGUACAUUACGCUGUCAAUAUGGAUAUAUUGGGAAUAAAUGUUCAUAGUGAGGAACUUUUACGUGACUCAUCGCAAAUAGCUCUUGUGAAGCGAGCUGGUCUCGUCCUUUUCUGUUGGGGUGAUGAUAAUAAUGAUACAGAGACUAUCAAACACCUCAAAGACUUGGGAAUCCAUGCUGUUAUUUAUGAUAAGAUUGACCAAAGAUGUUCCAAAGAAGUAAAAGAGAGUAUCUUCAGAUUGGAAGCUCGAGAAUCUGAAAGAAUACAGAUUAGGGCUGCAGCAGAAAGAGCGUCAGUAGAUGAAUACUUGCACCCAACUCCAGAAAGGCAAAACUCAACCGAGGCUAAACAAAAUUUCAUGAUGGAAGCAGCAGCUAAAAAUGAAACCAUGUCUUUCCCUUCCCAAAUAAGCCUAUGGACAGAAGAUGGUCUUGGACAUGCCUCAUCUUGAAAUUUUUUAAUAUGAUAACACAUUUUCUAUAUUAGUGAAUUAUUUUGAAUUUUUUAAAGAAAAAAUUUUUGCUUUGCAUUAAUGUACUUGAAUUUCUUCACCUUUUGGUCUCUCGAAAUUGGCUCAUUAAGAAAAAUAUAUACAUAUAACAUAUAUAAAUAUAAACUAACAAAUUAUUUUUAAGGUGAAUUAGGACAAUAUUGUAAUUAAUGAAAUCAUUCUCUAUCUGUGCACUUGAUGUACGGUGCGAGAUGUAUUUAUUAACUCUGUGAUAAGAAAAAUAUUAACAAAAAUGUUGCGUGUAUAUAUUGAAUGAAUGGUUCUAAUUCAGUGGAACUUAAAUUUAUUUUAUCCCAGUUAAAAACUCUUUUUAAUUUUCUGAUGUCAGGAAUGAAGACAAGUAAAAAAUUCUUGUGUCAAACUUACUGCAGCCAAUUUUUUUCUUUUUUUAUUAAAUAUAACAGAUAACUUUUUUUUCUCAAAUCAUGAUUUUGUUAAUUGCAGUUAUUUAAUCAUUAGUUUACAAGUGAAACUCAUAGUCAAGAUUUUAAAGUGUUUUUUUCUUUAUCCAAUGUUCCAGCAUUAAUAUUUGCAAAGUUUGUCAUUAAAUCUUACUCCUUUUCAGUGAAAUACUUGAAAUAAAGCUAGAAUCCCUGCAUU